UUUGCGUUGCUCCUGCUUGCGUGUUGAUAAGCCUGAUAGAGCGCCGGCAUUAUAUGUUGUAUUAUACAAUUAUCUUGUUUGCUGGCAGGGGUGGGUGGCGAAGAAUACGAGGGUGAACAAACACACAUAUAUAUUUGUAGAUAGGUCGCUUACUCAUUGCCUCUCUCAUAUUGGACAAUUGGCCAGCCGUCGUUGUCGCUUGGAAUUUUGCAUAAUAUUAUUUGCAUUGGAGAGCCAAAUACAAAAAAAAAAGGCAAAAAUCUCAAAUAUUUCUUCACUAAUUAAUGCAAACAACAACAAACAUGUCGACUAAAUUUUUAGCGGCUUUAACAGGUUUUCCAGCGGGAAAGCCGCAUGUAUAUACACACAUGCUAGCGCACUCGCACUCACACACAUGUGCGUCUGAGCGACACGACACUUAUAGGCGAGGCACUGUGAGACUGGAAAGCCGCACACACACAGACAGCUGUUGUCUCUCUCACACAUCGUACAAACCACCACCGCCGCUUGAUAGGCAUGAGCAUGCAAAGUGUUUCAGCGGUUCAUUUCCAGUUACGUACUCACAAAUGCCAGUCGCAGACUCGCGUCGUUUCAUCGUCUUCGUUUCUCUCCGUGUGUGUGUGCGUGUAGUUUCUGUGCAGCUUACUGCCACUUAAUAUAUCCAUAUUAAUAUUAUUUAAACAUCCGAUUCAUAUUCCAACAUAAAUUGUGUAUCAAGUGUGCCACAAUCUAAACUACAGCCCUGCACAUAAAAUCCAAGAAAAAACGAAAAAAAAAUACCCGACAACGAAGCAAACCAGUCGAAGAAGAAGAAGCAGAAAAAAAGCAGCAGCAGCAGAAGAGAAAGAAGAAAAAACCGGUGGUUAGCGCAUACUCUUCUCUUGUCUGCGUUCCGUUCUACGUGCUGCGUCGUGAGUGUGUUUGUGUUGGUGGUUCACACACAGUUUGUAAAUUAAAUAUAUAUUGUAUAUAUAUAUUUGGUGCUGCCUGCCAUAUAGAAAGAAAUUUGUAUUUCGAUAAAAUACAUAGUGUGCUUCAUAAUAGUGCCUACUGCCAGUAAUAAAUACACAUACUAAAAACGUAUCUCAUCUGCCAACGCAAAGUCCAAGUGUAAACACUUAACAAACAACACCCACAACAACAACAAGUACAACAAGAAGAAGAACAAGCAAAGCACAAAAAUGACGACCAGCAUUCCACAAGGUACACUUUUGGAUGUACUCAAGAAGAAAAUGCGUCAGACCAAAGAAGAAAUGGAAAAGUAUAAAGAUGAAUGCGAGGAAUUUCACAAGCGACUCCAGCUUGAAGUUGUGCGACGCGAAGAAGCCGAAUCUGAGGUUGCUGCAUUGAACCGUCGCAUUCAAUUGCUCGAAGAAGACUUGGAGCGCUCUGAGGAGCGUUUGGGUUCCGCCACAGCCAAGCUGUCGGAAGCCUCUCAGGCCGCCGAUGAGAGCGAACGGAUACGAAAAGCGCUUGAAAAUCGCACAAAUAUGGAAGAUGACAAAGUAGCUCUAUUGGAGAACCAAUUAGCACAAGCAAAAUUAAUUGCUGAAGAAGCUGAUAAGAAAUAUGAAGAGGUGGCCAGAAAAUUAGUGCUCAUGGAACAGGAUCUGGAGCGUUCCGAGGAAAAAGUUGAGCUUAGCGAAAGCAAAAUUGUGGAGCUUGAGGAGGAGCUGCGCGUUGUUGGCAACAACUUGAAGUCCCUGGAAGUCUCUGAGGAGAAGGCCAACCAACGUGAGGAAGAGUACAAGAACCAAAUCAAGACCCUGAACACUCGUCUAAAGGAGGCUGAGGCACGCGCUGAAUUCGCUGAACGUUCCGUUCAGAAAUUGCAGAAGGAAGUCGACAGGCUCGAAGACGACUUGGUGAACGAACGCGCUAAGAACAAACUGCUGCAGGAGGAGAUGGAAUCCACUUUACAUGACAUACAGAACAUGUAAAAAACAAUAAUUUGCUUAUGUAAAUUAACUAAACUGCCUGCUUUGACGUCAAUACAGAAAACUGGCGCUUUCCAUAUUAUAAUAAUAGAAACACACACACACAUACACAAUUUCACACACACAAACACGCACACAUUCUGAGACACACAGGACAACGUCAAGUGUCUUCCAUGCAGAUAAUAACGAGUGAACGCCAAUUUUGAUAAACUCUAAAUGAAAUGAAAACGUUAAUUAUUAAGCGGUAAACUCAAAGAAAAGCAGUCGAGAAAGCAAAAACUAUUACGAUAACAAAAAAAAAAAAGACAAAACAAAACAAAACGUUCUCUUGUAGCAAGCGCAUUCCAAAUUUACACAUCUAUACAUUCUAUGUGAAAAUGUAUUUGCAGAUAUUCAUAUUUUUCAAGCAGCGCAAGCCGUGAUUGAGCGCUGUCCGCGUUGCGCUGUGAAUGGCAGCGCUUGAUCGAUAUCAUGUAAAAUGGCAAACAUAAAGAUACAAAAUAACAACAAAAAAAGAAGAAAUGGCGGCACUUUUAAAACUUGUUGCUUUACAAUACUGUUGCAAUAUUUUGUUUUAACUUUUUCUUUCAUUUUGCUUUUGCUACCUUUAUUUUGUUUUGAUAUUGAUUGAAGUAUAACUAUAUUAUAGAAAACAACUACUUUCAAAUUAGUUCUGUGUAUAAUUAUUUAUACAUAUGUAUGUAAAGUAAAAAAAAGAAAGGAAAGAUUCUGUUUGUAUUUUUGUCGCCAGCUAAACUUACUGUAUUAAUUAUGCUAAUAUUUACAUUGUUUAUACAAUUUAAACAAAUCGUGUUUGCAAAACGUUGUGUAAUAUUUGCUUACUUAUAAGUUGGCACGCCUUUAUUAUUUAGACACAAAUUCAAAGCAAAUACAUAAACAAAUAAUAAUAAUAAAAAAAACCAAUCCAAAAUGACACGCACAUAGCGCACAUCAUUCCAAUUUCAAGCAUUCAUAACUAGACCGUUCUUAACACCUUUUCCACUAUAUACAUUUAUUAAAUUUAAAAAAAAUAAAUAAUCAAAAAUCUAA